CCAUACCAACAGUUCAGUCUAAACAAAAAUAUACAGAAAGCGCCUAUGAGGUAUGAGCCUCCCUUUGGCGCGCUUCGUCCUUCCCUCUAGGCUCUUCUCAGAAGCCGCAACUACCGGAAAACGUAACGGUCGUCUUAUUUCAACCCUCAAGAAAAGGAAAUUUACUUCAGCUGCCACCCACAGAGCUCAACACAAGGCAGGUGAAGAGGUAUUGGUGGUAGUUGGAGCUGGAGCAGCUGGGGUUUAUGGAGCAAUUAGAGCUAAAACCCUGGCUCCUAAUCUCAAUGUGGUGCUCAUUGAGAAAGCAAGGCCCCUAGCCAAGGUGAAAGUUUCUGGGGGAGGAAGGUGCAAUGUGACAAAUGGGCAUUGUAUUGAAGCCAUGAUGUUGGCAGAAAAUUAUCCGAGGGGUCAUAAAGAAUUGAAAGGAGCGUUCUUCAACACGCACGGGCCGGUGGAUACCAUGACUUGGUUUUCUGACCAUGGGGUGGAGCUGAAGACUGAGGAUGAUGGAAGGGUGUUUCCUGUCAGCAACAGUUCGUCUACGAUUAUUGAUUGUCUCAUGUCUGAAUCGACGCGGUUGGGAGUUUCUCUGCAGACCGGAAAAGCUGUGAUAACUGCAUCUCCUACUGAUGGUGGAAAAUUUCUUCUAGGCAUUGAAAAGCGUACACCCAGUUCUGUUGAAUAUGUUGAAGCUGAUUAUCUUUUGAUUGCCAGCGGUAAUGGCAAGCAGGGUUACAGUCUUGCAUCUCAGCUUGGUCAUUCAAUUGUCGAUCCCGUACCAAGUCUAUUUACUUUCAAGAUUGAGGAUCCACAGCUGGCCGACUUGUCAGGGAUUACAUUCCCUAAAGUCAAGGCAAAGCUGAAAACAGAGAAUGCCCAAAGGAAUAUACCACAGCUUACACAGGUUGGACCUGUGUUAGUCACACACUGGGGAUUCAGUGGGCCAGCAAUUCUUCGCUUAUCUGCUUGGGGUGCCUGUGUUUUAUCCUGUACAGGUUACAAAGGAACUCUUAUUCUGGACUUUACACCUGAUGUGCAUAUAGAAGAUGUGAAAUCAAUCCUCACACAACACAAAAAUAAGUUUGUGAAGCAAAAGGUAGCUAAUUCAUAUCCUACAGAAUUUGGCCUUGUGAAGAGAUUUUGGAAAUAUAUAUUGGGUCGCCAGGGUUUACUUGGUGAUAUCUUGUGGGCAUCCAUCUCAAAGGACUCAUUAGUUUCUAUUGCUCAUAUGCUAAAGCACUGUGACUUUUCUGUUAAAGGAAAGAGUCAAUAUAAGGAUGAAUUUGUCACUGCUGGUGGUGUUCCACUUUCUGAGAUAUCAUUGAACACAAUGGAAAGCAAAAUACAGUCACGCCUAUUCUUUGCAGGGGAGGUAUUGAAUGUUGAUGGGAUAACUGGUGGUUUCAAUUUUCAGAAUGCUUGGUCUGGGGGAUAUAUUGCGGGAACUAGUAUCGGUAAACAAGCGGUUAGUGCUAAACUCUGUGAGGCGAAUUCAGUAAGCAAUUUCUAGUGAUGAUAAUGGGAAGACUUGGGACACAAGUAUUUGCUAACCAGUGCUGACCUAGUAUAGUUGGUUAAACUACCAAAUGCUCGUUUUUGAAGUACCCUGUUUAACAUGUGAACCCUCCCAACAAUAUUGUUAGCCAAUCUUAAUCGUGAACAAAUAUGUCGACCGACUGCGUUCAAUGAACAAAUGGACGUUUCUGCGUACAGUAUGCUUCAUGUUCAUGAUUUUGAAAGGUGCAUAUACUAAGGUGAAUGGUCGACAAAGUUAAUUCUCAAUCGAUUGCCUUUUUCGCUUUGUAUAAAGAGACAUUAGUAGCUGUCGACUUCAGUAGCUUGUACAUUCUACAGUUCUGCUAAAAUUGCUUCCUA